AUGAACAACAACAACAACAACAAUAACAAACAACAACAACAACAAACAAUAACAACAACAGGUAACACCACAACGAUAACAACAACAACAACAAUGAUAACAACAACGACAGCAACAACAACAACAACAACAAUAAGCAAAAGACAAACAAUAAAGGUAAAGGAAAACGAAGGAUGA